AUGGCGAGAAACGCCAAAACCCCAACAGUACCAAGUCCCGCUCCAACUUCAACAAUAUCACAAUCUCACUCGAUUCCGUCUAUUAGAAUCGAGAGAAUUGGGAAAGAUGAGGUACCUGUGGAGAUUUUGGCCGCACCAAAACCUACACCACCACCAAGGGAUUUGACAAAAGUUUUGAAUAACAAUAAUACAUUGAAUACACCUGGACGCGCUCAAAGACAACCACGUCAAACAUCAAUCAGACCACGUGAGUUUUUUUUUGAAGGGGGGAAGAAUAAUGAGCUUGAAUUGAUUUUUGGGGAAAAAAAUUUAGGAUUGGUAUAUUUUCCUGCUAAAAAUACUCAUUGAGUCCUCAUUUAAAAAAAGAAUUCGUAAUGACUUUAAAAAAUCCAGUUUCGAAAUAAAAGGCGCGAAAAAUUUAUGAAAACCUGAAUACAUUUUUCACCUGAAGGUGCAGGAAAAAAGACCAUUUAUCUCUGGAACCUUAAGUAAUACUACUUUGUUUAAAGAAUUCUUUCCGAAGUUAUAGCGAUUCCUUUCCAAGGAUUUUGCCGGUUUUUUAUAGGGUGAAGGGUUAUUUGAGGGCUCUAAUUUGAAAUUUAAUUUGAUCCAUUUUCCAAUUUAUGAAAUAGGUUUUUUUCUGCUCAAAAAGUCCAUUGUUCUCUGUUUUAACAAAAAUAAUUACUAUCUGUUCUACCCCAUUUCUAGUUCGAAAAAUCUUCCAGUGCCAAAAAUCAAUCAGAAACAUUUUGACUAAACCCAAAUGUCAAAGACUGAUUUAUUUCUUUCUCGCAUCUUUUUUGUCUGUUCGCUCAAAAGCACAGCGGCAAAAAAAACAACUGAAGUCUGUUUCAAAUGAAAAGCCAUGCACUUUCUCAAACCACUUCUAUCAUUAAUUAUCCGCCUCACUUCAUUUGACACUUUAUCAUUUUCUCAAAAAGAAAACGGAAAAAAGAGUUGAAUAAUUUUUGAACCAACAAAAAAGAGUUGGAAGAUUAGAUAUAAAAAUACAUAAACAGAGCAGCAGGUUGACAUGAUUUUUUCUUGCUGAUGUUUUUUUUGACAAGACAUUUGGUCGUUUAAGUUGUCGUAAAAUGAUGGAUUAGGAUUUGAUAGAGAGCUGACGAUUAGCGGUUAGCACCUGAACAUGUUUCAUUUUUUCGUUCGGGAGGCUAAUGGAAGAAUGUCAGAUUUUUACACACACAGAGUUGCGUAAAGUCGAGGAAUUUCACGUUGACAAAAAUGUAAGGGAUAUUUUCUUGAACGAUGUUUAGAUUUUGGGAAGAUUCUCAAUUGAAUUUUAGCAAGGCAAUUAAAAAUUUAAUAAAAAUCUAUAAUAUAACUCUGACUUCAGAAUGGUUUUGUGAUAUUGAUAGAAAACUACAAAAAUAUUUUUUUAAUCUUGAGGAAAAAUCUGUAUGAGCUUGUGAUUUUCUUUAAUCUGCUUUUUUCGUUCUGAAUAGCUUUUCAUAUUGUACAUAGUUUCAGUUUAAUUGUACAUUUUUCAGCUCUUGAACUUAUUUUUGCACAACUCUUCUUGUAGUUUCACUUUCAUGCAAAAAUUCUCCACAAAAAAAGUUCAAAAAUAGAUCUCAUAUUGUAGCAUUAAACUCACAAAAUCAGAAAUUUAAUUUCUAUAAAUCCCAUCUGUUUUCAUAAACCCGUGCAACCUUUUCCCAAUUUCUCAAAAAUGUGUGAACGUUUCAACUUCCUGUUUCGUUUUGUUCCUCAAAAUUACAUUUCUGAACUCUUCUUCUUCUUCUUGUCUUCUCUUGAUUUCCUUUUAACACAUUCGCCAAGAAAAAUGUGACAAUUGAGUUUAUUCAUUUCAAAUUGUGUUUAUUCUUUUGUCAAUUGAACGCGAACCUUUUUCUUAACACAAAAAAAGAAGAAGCAAGAUUGAAAAAAGUGUUUCUUCCUUUUUAUUCGCCACAAGAUAUCGUCGCAUUUUUAUUGAAUCAGUUGUUGUUUUGCUAUUGUGUUCGAGUGUCGGGAGGUUAGAAAAAAAGUAUUUUUUUCAGCUCUUUAUUUUAUUUAUUUUUUUUUUUUUGAAAAAAAAUAUAAUAAAAAGAAACCUCAUUAUUUCCAUUUAUAUUUUCAUAUAUUUAUCUAUCUAUUAGAAAUAAUUGUUAUGUCGACUACUGAAUUGUUGAAAGAAAAUGAGAUGCCAAGAUCGAAAAGUAUGCCAAAAAUGGUGUUGAAAAGAAAUUAUGAAAUUCGUGCUGUUCCUGGGAUUGUAGUCAUCAAAGGUAAGAUUGAAGUUGAGAAUUACAUAUGA